AUGAUCAAUACUAUGUUCAAACAUGAUAAGAAGUGCCUAUUAUUUGAAAUAUUUGAAGUUAUUACAGCUUAAUAAUUGACUGUUGAAAAAAUCUAAAUAAUAAAUGCUGAUUUGAUAGUUGGAUUUUCGAAAUCUGAAUAACAUGUUAAAAUUUGGAGUAUUUCAAAAAGAUAGGCAGUUUUUGAACAUUUUUUUGAUUAAAAGAAAGUAAAUGAAUUGUUGAUUAUAUAAAAUUUAAAUGAUUUAGUAGCUUAUGGUUUUUUAGAUAAAUAGGUUUAAAUUUGGAGUAUAGAAACAUAAUGUGGAUUUUCUAUGUUGUAUGAAUUAAGCUAUGAACAAUAGAUUAAGAAGAUUAAAUUAUCAAAUAAUACUACUUAAAUUGGAAUAUUACAUAAUGAUUAAUAAAUUAGAUAAUUAAGUAAAGAUUAAUUGUAAUAAACUAUUCUCUAUGAAUCUAAUUAAUAGGUUGAAGAUUAUUGUUUUUUCAAAAAGUAAACUUUUCUUGCAAUCAUUUAAAAAAGAGGGUUUGUUUUAAUAUUUUCAAUAAAAUCUUAGAAAUCAAUUAAGUAAUGGAAUGCCAAUCAAUAAGGCUAAUUAUCUAUAGAUGGUAUAGAUAAGGAUUUAAUAAUUGUGACAUAGGCAAGAGAUUAUUCAAUUAAAAUUUGGAAUAUGAGUAGUUAUCAUUUGUUAAGAGUAAUAGAUUCAAGAAAAAUAUCAUUAUCUUCAUAUGAUAUAUACAAUAAUACUUUGUUAAUGUCUACAUUUAAGCCAUCAUUAGAUAUAAUAAGUCUAAAAACGUGUAAAAUGAUUUAAAGUUUAGAAGUUGAUUAUCCAAUAUUGAAAAUAGAAAUAGAAUCUGAAAGUAAUCUAAUAGCAAUUUUAGACUAUGAAUUUUAGAUAAUAUUAAUAAGAAAAAAAAAAUAUUGA